GAAAUUUUAAAGAUAUCGUCCAGACAAUCCCCCCGUUGUUUCCGUUUUAAUACAACAUUUUAUUUCUUUCUUUUUUCUACUCUUUUUCUCCUCUUAUUACCUGAACUGUAAGAGAGAGAUUGAGUUAGUGAGUGAGUGGGUAAGUGAGAGAAAGUGUGUAUAUUUAGUAAAUGAACUAUUUCAGCUUCUUCAUAAUAUAAUCAAGGGAGAUUACUUAAGAUUAUUCACCAUAAUCACUCCCUUUAUAAAUUUUUUUGUAAAAAUUUUAUUUUGGGGGUGUAAAUUUAAUUGGGUUUUCUGGGUUUUCAUUUACUGUUUUCAUCACUCUUAUAUUUUGAUCUUAAGCUAAACAAAUUAGCAAAAAUGAUUACUGAUGGAAACCAAAGAAUUUCCAAUUUACAAGGUGAAGCAGUAGCAGAUACAAGAAAAAUUGGGCAUGAAACAAAAAGAGCUAGAAGAGCUUUAAGUGUGAUUAACCAGAAUUUGAUUGGAUCUAAUGCUUAUCCUUGUAUUGUCAACAAAAAACCCAGCUCCCAAAAAUGUGUGAUAUAUGAUGAGAACAUUCCCAAUCCUAUACAAAGACCAAUCACAAGGAAAUUUGCAGCUCAGAUUGCCCCUACUCAAAACCAACAAUCUUGUUUAGUGGAAACCAAUAAACAAGUCAAUUCAGUUCAAAAUUCAAAUGAAGUUGAAGAUUCUAAGAUCAUGGAUGGGGAGUGUAAGGCUAAGGCAACAAUUGAUUUGCCAGUGCCAAUGUCUAUGGAAGAAUCUGAAGUUACACCUAAUCAAAGCAAUGAUAUGGAAGAGGUUGAGAUGGAAGACAUCUUUGAAGAUGAUCCAAUCUUAGACAUUGAUGGGUGUGACUCCAAAAACCCACUUGCUGUUACUGAAUAUGUUGAUGAUAUCUACUCUUAUUACAGAAAAAUGGAGGUUUGCAGCUGUGUUUCACCAGAUUAUAUGUCUCAGCAAUUCGACAUUAACGAGAAGAUGAGGGCAAUACUGAUUGACUGGCUUGUUGAGGUACAUUAUAAAUUUGAGCUAAGGGAAGAGACCUUAUUUCUGACUGUACAUCUUAUAGACAGAUUCUUAGCUAGACAUACUAUGGUGAGAAAGAAGCUCCAAUUAGUGGGUUUAAUUGCAUUGCUUUUAGCUUGCAAGUAUGAAGAAGUUUCUGUUCCUGUUGUUGAGGAUUUGAUUUUCAUUUCUGACAAAGCUUACACCAGACAAGAUCUUCUUGAAAUGGAGAGUACAAUGCUCAAUACAUUGCAAUUCAACAUGUCUUUGCCAACUGCUUAUGUUUUCCUAAGAAGGUUCCUAAAGGCUGCAGAAUCUGAUAAGAAGCUUGAAAUGUUGUGCUCUUACCUGAUCGAACUUUCAUUAGUGGAGUAUGAGAUGAUCAAAUUCCCACCUUCAUUAUUAGCAGCUGCUGCAGUUUAUACAGCACAAUGUAGUCUUUAUGGCUUCAAACAAUGGAACAAAACUUGUGAAUUUUACACAAACUACUCUGAGGAUCAACUUUUGGAAUGCUCGAGUUUUAUGGUAAAAUUCCAUCAGAAAGCUGGAACAGGGAAGCUAACAGGGGUAUACAGGAAGUACUCAACUUCCAAGUUUGGGUUUGCAGCAAAAUUUAACCCAGCAAUCUUCAUCCUCAAUAGUUAACUCUUUAACAUAGAGGAGAAUGCUGUAUAACUAUACAACAACAAAUUUGGUAAUUACAAUGACAAUUGAACAACUUUUUAAUCUUUUUCCAUUAUUUUGGCUAAUAAUCUUGGUUGGCUAGUAUUGAUUUUGACUUGUUUACCCACCCUUUUACUCGAGAUUUAUGUUUCGUGGAAACACCCACUUGUAUUUUUAUAUUAUAUUUUAUGUAAUAAAAAUAUCUCAAUUGGUUACAAAAUCAACAACAUUUGAUUACUCAAUGUCAUUAAAUCCAUUUACACGCGU